AACGAGGCUCGAAACCUCGUUCAAAACGUGUUUUAGUUGUGUCGUGGGUAGCGUGGAAGGUUUGGGCAUGAAUUACUGCUAUUUUGUCGAAAAUGCCCGACGUUUUGAGCUGUAAGGAAGAAAAUGAGACGCGUAGAAAACGAAAAGAUUCUAAAACGACCGGGAAAUGUAACAUUGCCGCAGAAAACGGUGAACUUUUGAAUGGACUUUCGGCAGCACCCGACGAAAAACCGCCGGUGACGGCUACGAGAGACGAAUUUGGCUCACAACUGAAAAUAAUCCAGAUAAAUGAUCAAGUUCGAGAGCUACAGACAAUUUUGAGAGACAAAGAAACAGAGAGAGGAGACUUUGUCUUUUAUGCUGAUCGCCUUAUAAGACUGGUGGUAGAGGAAGGUCUGAACCAGCUUCCAUAUGAAACCUGCACAGUGAAGACACCCACUGGAGCCUCAUAUGAAGGGUUAGCUUUUCAGAGAGGAAACUGUGGUGUCAGCAUUAUGCGAAGUGGUGAAGCAAUGGAGAAAGGAUUACGUGAUUGUUGCAGAUCAAUAAGAAUAGGAAAGAUUUUGAUUAAAUUCAAUGAAGAAUCCAAGACACCUAUGGUUUAUUAUGCAAAGUUCCCUCCUGGUAUUGAUCAAAGAAAAGUUCUUCUUAUGUAUCCUCUCCUAACAGAUUCAGGAGCUACUGUAAUAACAGCCAUCAAGGUUCUUCUUGAUCAUGGUGUUAAACAGGAAAACAUUCUUCUUUUAAAUGUAUUUGCCACCCCAAAAGGUGUGAAGCAGCUACUGAAAAACUUUCCAUCUGUUACCAUUCUGACGUCAGAGGUGCACUCAGACUGCCCCUCAUAUUUUGGACAGAGAUAUUUUGGAACAGAUUAAUGUUGCAGUAGACCUAGAAAUGCACUUUCCUUGAAGCUCUAGUCUCCUCUUUGCCAUUGAUUCCACAACAGUUGUUUGUGAAUCAUAAAUUUUUCUUUUAUUUUGGUUUUAAGGACUCAUCCUAAAUGUACAUGUAUGUGUAGUGGAUGAAAGCAAAAUGAGUACUGCAGAA